CAGCGGCCGCCAUGGCUCUUUCUUCCCCAUCACUCGACGGAAAGGCUGUAAAGCUAUCUCCUUCCACUACUGAAAUCCAUGCCAAUGGCCUUGUUUCCAUGAGGAAAACAGCUACCAAACCUACUAAUUCCGGGAGCCCAUGGUACGGUCCCGAUAAAGUUUUUUACUUGGGUCCACUCUCCGGUGAGCCUCCAUCUUACUUGACUGGAGAGUUUCCUGGUGACUACGGUUGGGACACUGCUGGACUUUCAGCUGACCCAGAGACUUUUGCUAGGAACCGUGAGCUCGAAGUCAUUCACUGCAGAUGGGCGAUGUUGGGAGCUCUAGGAUGUGUUUUCCCUGAACUUUUGGCCACGAACGGAGUCAAGUUCGGUGAGGCCGUCUGGUUCAAGGCAGGUUCCCAUAUCUUCAGCAAGGGUGGACUUGACUACUUGGGCAACCCGAGCUUGAUCCACGCUCAGAGCAUCUUGGCCAUCUGGGCAUGCCAAGUUAUCUUGAUGGGAGCUGUUGAAGGUUACCGCAUUGCCGGUGGCCCCCUCGGUGAGGUGACCGACCCACUGUACCCGGGUGGCAGCUUUGACCCGUUGGGUCUUGCCGAUGACCCAGAGGCAUUCGCUGAACUCAAGGUCAAGUAGAUCAAGAACGGCAGAUUGGCUAUGUUCUCCAUGUUCGGAUUCUUCG